AUGAAUGAUAACCAGGACACAGAGGUGCUGCAGCAGAUUGAGAGGGAGGUGCGAAUGCGGGAGGGGGCCAGUAAGCUCCUGGCUGCCUGUUCCCAGAGAGAACAGGCCCUGGAGGCCUCGAAGAGCCUGCAAACCUGCAAUGCCCGAAUCCUGGCCUUGCUCAGCCAACUCCAGAGGAUGAGGAAAGCUCAAAUCCUGCAGAGAGUGGGACGCAGGCCGUCUGAAGACACGGUGCCAUGUGCGGGAAAAGUGGCCCUUUCAGACCUGCGAAUCCCUCUCAUGUGGAAAGACUCAGAGUACUUCAAAAACAAAGGAGAGCUGCAUCGCUGCGCCGUGUUCUGCCUGCUCCAGUGUGGCACAGAGAUCUACGACACCGACCUGGUGAUGGUGGACAGGACUUUAACCGACAUCUGUUUUGAAGACACUGUAAUAUUCAAUGAGGUGGGUCCAGGGUUUCAGCUUCGUGUUGAGCUGUACAGCAGUUGUGCGGUCGUGGAGUUCUCCCCGGGGGCUCUAGGACCCAGGAGAGUGAGUCUUCUUGGGGGAUCUAUUGGAUGCUCCUCCGGGAAAAAGAUCCGAGCCGCCUUCGAGUCAGCAGCUGUUUGUGGAUCCGUUUCCAGCGGAGGAAACGUAGGACCUGGAAGUGUGUCCCCGCCUUUAAGCCCUGAUCUGUCAACACUGGGGCCAAAGUACAACCUGCUGGCUCACACAACACUGACAAUCGAACACGUGCAGGAAGGUUUCAAGACGCAUGAUUUGUUGCUAUCAGCAACAGAGGACAGUCCCUUCUGGUUGCCUCUGUUUGGCAACAUGUGCUGUCGCCUGGUUGCUCAACCUCUGUGUAUGGUUCAGCCGGCCAUGAGUGGUCAACUCAGGGUUAAGCUCGGAGAGGACCUUAAUUGCUCGAGAAACGUCUUCGGCGUCCUCAGGGGGCGAAGUCUUCUCUGCUAUCAGAGUCAAGAGGACCUGGAGUCUGAGGACAAGCCAUUACUUGCAGUCCCCAUCAGAAAGGAUUCCCUCGUUCGUGCUUUUGAAGGAGACGCCCUCCCCCCUCCCCGGAGUAUAUACAUCAGCACACAGUGUCCAGGACACGAUGUAGCCUGCACGCUCGCCACGCACAUACCUGAAGACACGCAGCGCUGGACUGACGCCCUCCGGCAGCACGUCUUUAACAUGAGCCAGUGGAAGCAGUGCUGCGAUCACCUCAUGAAGAUUGAAAUGCCGAGCCCCAGGAAAUCCAUCGCAGCGAAGCAGGGAUCACUAUACCAUGAAAUAGUAACACCCUCCUCUCCCUGGGAGGGCCUAGUGGUUCCAGACUUAUCCUUAGAGAUCCGCACCUUGCUCUCCUCCUACUACAAGAAAAGCCUCGUCUUGCGGCGACAUUUUGCACCAGUUGCAGCUGGUCGAUCUCUGGUUUACGCCAGUGUAGUGAUCCAGUCGUGA